GCGCCCGCCGAAGCCCCGGCGGCGGUGCCCGGCCCAGGCCAGCGGGAGCUUCGCUCGCCCCGCCCCGCCCGCCGCGGGGGCGCCGCGGCUCCCGCGGCGCCGCGGCUGACGGAGGCGUCGCUGGCCGCGGCGGGCGUCGGGCUCCCCAGCGCGGGGGCCAUCGAGAGCGAGCUGCGGAGCGUGUCGCCGAUUUCGACCCCCGGCGUGUUCCCGUGGCAGCAGCAGGCGGCGCAGCAGAAGCCGCCGAAGAAGAAGAGGAAGGCGGACGCCUCCCCAGGAGCCGAGAAGCGCCGACGCAGGAGGCAGAAGUGA